UGAUGCUCCAGAGACAGGAGGCAGCCCAGCCCCGCGUUCGGCUGCUCUCGAGGAGGCCGGAGCCCCGGGAGAGGAUGCGCCCCGCGGAGCCGCCUGGGCCUGCAGGAGCCUGCUGCACUUGAGAUGGAGUUACUGCUCCUCUGGCUCUGCCUGGGUUUUCACUCCUUGACAGUGGAAUGGAGGAACCGAAGUGGAAUGGCCACAGCAGCUUCCCAGGGGGGCUGUGAGUUGGUGGAUGGAGUCGCUGACUGUCGAGGGCGGAACCUUGCUUCAGUGCCCAGCAAUCUCCCGCCCGACUCCCAGACGCUCAUCCUGGAUACCAACCCCCUCAAGACCCUGUGGAAUCAUUCCCUCCAGCACUACCCUCUCCUGGAGAGCCUCAGUCUGCACAGCUGCCACCUGGAGCGCAUCAGCCGCGGCGCCUUCCAGGAGCAGGCCCGCCUGCACAGCCUGGAGCUGCCUGACAACUCCCUUUCGGAGAGCUACAAGGAGACGGCAGCUGCCCUCCACGGCCUGCAGAGUCUGCGGAGGCUGGACUUGUCAGGGAACGCCCUGACGGAAGACAUGGCAGCCCUCAUGCUCCAGAACCUCUCUUCCCUGGAGUCUGUGUUCCUGGCGAGGAACACCAUCAUGAGGCUGGAUGAUUCAGUCUUUGAGGGCCUGGGGCACCUCAAGGAGCUGGAUUUGCAGAGGAACUACAUCUUUGAGAUUGAAGGGGGUGCUUUUGAUGGCUUAACUGAGCUGAGACACCUCAACCUGGCCUAUAACAACCUCCCUUGCAUUGUGGACUUUAGCCUCACACAGCUACAGUUCCUCAACGUCAGCUACAACGCCCUGGAGUGGUUCCUGGCGUCAGGUGGAGAGGCGGCCUUUGAGCUGGAGAUGCUGGACCUCUCUCACAACCAGCUGCUGUUUUUCCCACUCCUGCCCCAGUGCAGCAAGUUACACACCCUCCUGCUGCGGGACAACAACAUGGGCUUCUACAGGGACCUGUACAACACCUCGUCACCACGGGAGAUGGUGGCCCAGUUCCUUCUUGUGGAUGGCAAUGUGACCAACAUCACCACCGUCAACCUCUGGGAAGAGUUUGCUUCCAGUGACCUCUCAGAGCUACGCUUCCUGGAUAUGAGCCAGAACCAGUUCCAAUACCUGCCAGACGGCUUCCUAAAGAAAAUGCCUUCCCUCUCCCGCCUGAACCUCAACCAGAACUGCCUGAUGACGCUCCACAUCCGGGAGCAUGAGCCCCCAGGGGCGCUCACGGAGCUGGACCUGAGCCAGAACCAGCUGUCAGAGCUGCACUUGGCUCCGGGGCUUCCCAGCUGCCUGAGGAGCCUCCGGUGGUUCAACCUGAGCUUCAACCAGCUCUUGGGUGUCCCCGCUGGUCUUUUCGCUGAUGCCAGGAACAUCACUACAGUUGACAUGAGCCACAAUCAGAUCUCACUUUGUCCCCAGCCGCCUGGCUUAGACCACGUGGACACCCCCAGCUGUGUGGAUUUCAGGAAUGUGGCAUCUUUGAGGAGCCUCUCUCUGGAGGGCUGUGGGCUGGAGGUCUUACAAGACUGCACAUUCCAGGGGACCGCCCUCACCCACUUGGACCUGUCUGGCAAUCGGGGGGUUCUGAAUGGGAGCAUUGCCCCUCUCAGGGGUAUUGCCCCCACGUUACAGGUCCUGUCUCUUAGGAAUGUGGGCCUCAGUUCCGGCUUCACAGAGUUGGACUUCUCUGGAUUUGGCAGUCUGAGGGACUUGGAUCUGUCAGGAAAUUUCUUGACCAGUUUCCCCAGGUUCAGGGACAGCCUGGCCCUGCAAACCCUGGAUCUCCGCAGAAACUUGCUCACAGCUCUUCCCCAGGGGGCUGUGUCUGAGCAGCUCAUGAGAAGUCUGCACACCGUCUACCUCAGUCAGAAUCCGUAUGACUGCUGUAGGGUGGAGGGCUGGGGGGCCCUGCGGAGCCUGCACACCAUCGUCGACUUGGCCAUGGUCACUUGCAACCUCUCCUCCAAGGUGAUUCGCCUGAUGGAGCUGCCUGAAGGUGUGCCUCAGGACUGUAAGUGGGAGCAGGUAGACAUGGGCCUGCUGUACCUCGUGCUCAUUCUUCCCAGCUGCCUCACCCUGCUGGUGGCCUGCACCAUCAUAUUCCUCACUUUUAGGCAGCCUCUGCUUCAGGUAAUUAAGAGCCGCUGCCACUGGUCCUCCAUAUACUGACCUGGCCACGUGCCACAGUUAGAAAUCUGGUCUGUGCGUAUAAAGACACUUUCUCUGCCAGAUCUCAAGAUCUGAUGCAGAGGACCUAUCUGACGAAUUGAGAUUUAAAUUAAAGUUUGGAAUGUUUCCAUCCUUUAAUCACCCAAGUUCUUCCUCCAUCAUUAUGAUUCAUCCUCAUUAUCCUGGGAAAAUAUUUAUUAAGUGACAUUCUAUGAAAAUAAAA